GUUGCCAUGGAGACAGCGUCACCGGAGCCGGGGGAGGGAGCGGCUGCACCGCCAUGAGCCUGGGGCGGGAGCCGGGCCUGCCCUUCCUCCCGGGCUGCGCCUUCAGGGACGCCAUGAAAACGUCUUUUCAUCGGCCCCAGACACUGGGCUACAAAAAUGGAUUUGCCUUUUCUCGGCUGCCAGCAGUGGGGAUCGGCAGGGAGCGACUCUAUGUGAAUCAGCUUUCUCAGGCUGAAUUAGAUGACUUAUCCAACCAGAGACCGACACUGACCUAUGGGCCAGCCAAACGGGCUCCACCUUCAGGCUUCAUUCCAGCACACGUGGCUUUUGACAAAAAGAUUUUGAAGUUUGAUGCCUAUUUCCAGGAAGAUGUUCCUCUCUCCGCAGAAGAGCAUUACCGGAUCCGCCAAGUGGCUAUCUAUUACUACUUGGAAGAUGACACCAUGUCUGUCAUAGAGCCCGUUGUGCAGAACUCUGGUCUUCCUCAAGGCAAACUUAUCAGACGCCACCGCGUGCCCAAGAAUGACCGUGGGGAACAUUACCACUGGAAGGAUCUGAAUCGGGGAAUGAACAUCACCAUGUACGGCAGGACGUACCGCAUAGUUGACUGUGACCCUUUCACACAGGUGUUCCUGGAGAGCCAAGGACUUGAACUGAACCCUCCAGAGAAAAUGGUUUUUGAUCCUUACACAGAACUGCGUCGGAUGCCUGUGCGCAAGUACAUCACGCCCUCAGACUUCGACCCGCUGAAACAGUUUCUGACUUACGACAAGCAGGUCCUUCGUUUCUACGCCGCGUGGGAUGACACUAACAGCAUCUUUGGUGAGAAUAGGCCUUACGUCAUCCAUUUCUACUUGGCAGAUGACACAGUGGAGGUUCGGGAAGUCUACAAGCAAAAUGAUGGUAGAGACCCAUUCCCAAUACUGAUAAAACGCCAACGCUUACCCAAAACCUUUGCGGACAAGAAAAAGACCUUCCCAAGCUGUGUGCUGGAGAUCUCUGAUCAGGAGGUACUUGAGUGGUUCACAGCUAAAGAUUUUGCUGUUGGCAAAACUAUCACCCUCCUUGGACGCACCUUCUUCAUCUAUGACUGUGAUGAGUUCACACGAAACUUCUAUCGUGACAAAUUUGGCAUUACAGACUUCCAGCCAGUGGAAAUAAAGAAGAAAUCACUUGAGGAAGUUCCACGGGUAAUUCCUCCCUAUAAUGGUUUUGGUGUCCUUGAAGACUCUCUUCAGAACUGCUUUUCUCUGUUUCCAAAGCCUCCCCGGAAAGAUAUAAUUAAGAUGCUAGAGAAUGACCACAAGGUGCUGCGAUACCAGGUGGCUCUGGAAUCACCAAAUCCUGAGGACAGAAAGCGUCGUUUCAUCCUCUCUUAUUUCCUCUCCAAUGACAUGAUCAGCAUCUAUGAACCCCCAGUCCGUAACUCUGGCAUCAUUGGAGGCAAAUACUUAGGAAAGACCAGAGUUGCCAAACCAGGCUCUACUACAGAGAAUCCCACAUACUAUGAGCCCUCUGACCUCACCAUCGGUUCUACAGUUGAAGUGUUUGGCCACAGGUUUGUUAUCACUGACGCUGAUGAAUAUGUGCUUAAUUACAUGGAGAGCAAUGCAGAGAGUUUCCCUGCUGCCACACUGCAGUCCCUGAGGGAUCAUUUUCGCCCACGGCAGGUGGUAAAGGAGACUGCCAACAGUGACAUCCCCAUGCUUCAGACCAACAAGCAGGAACUGGAUGAAUUAAUUGUGCAGGUUCAGGAAGAGCUGAACCAUAAGAACUUGAACAAGAAGAACAUUCAGGAGGCGUUUCUUCAGUGUGACAAGGAUGGCUCUGGCAUCCUGGACAAAGCAGAAGUCUUAGCCCUUUGUGACAGCUUGGGUGUACCAACCAACACCAUUCUUCUUAACAAGCUGAUUGACCUAUGUUCUUGUGGAGAAGACAAGAUAAACUACCACGACUUCCUUCGAGCCUUCCCCUCGUGAUCAUUGCCCAGAAGCUGAAGCCCAAGAUCAGCAAUAGAAUUCUUAGCUGACUUGAAUUUAAGACAUUGUGCUUUAAAAAGGAUGCUCUAGUCUUCAUCUCUGCUUCACUCACUGUCCUCACAAGAGCCAGCUAACUUUACCCUCACUUUAAUUUUUUUUCCCUUCCUAACCUCUCCCUGCCCUUUUAGUCACCACCAAACUCAACCUCACUGAGUAUUCAAACUCAACUGCUGGAUAUUGAAAUGAAACUCACAGAA